CCCGAGACAGCGACAGCGACAGCCUCGUCCGGGGACCGGCCGCGGCGGCCCCUUCGCUCUCGCCUCUUCUCGUCUGUCCUCGGUGACUGGAGAAACUGGUCUGCUGCUUUUCUCCCCAGAUAUAAUUCUGAAACCUUGCAGAGCAGGGUUCCUUAAAACUGUGCUAUGAAUGGUGAUUCUGGUGUGGGGGUGGUGACUUCACCACCUCCAACAACAGCCCCUCAUAAAGAGAGGUAUUUUGAUCGAGUUGAUGAAAAUAAUCCUGAAUAUUUGAGAGAGAGAAAUAUGGCACCUGAUCUUCGCCAGGAUUUUAACAUGAUGGAACAGAAGAAGAGAGUCUCCAUGAUUCUUCAAAGCCCAGCCUUCUGUGAAGAAUUGGAAUCCAUGAUCCAGGAACAGUUUAAGAAGGGGAAGAACCCGACAGGUUUAUUGGCUUUACAGCAGAUUGCAGAUUUCAUGACAACGCACGUACCAAAUGUCUACCCUGCAGCACCUCAAGGCGGAAUGGCUGCAUUAAACAUGAGUCUUGGUAUGGUAACUCCAGUGAAUGAUCUGAGAGGGUCGGAUUCCAUUGCUUAUGAAAAGGGGGAGAAGUUGUUACGAUGCAAAUUGGCAGCUUUCUACAGAUUAGCAGAUCUUUUUGGCUGGUCUCAGCUUAUUUACAAUCAUAUAACAGCCAGAGUAAAUUCCGAGCAAGAGCACUUCCUUAUUGUACCUUUUGGACUCCUCUAUAGUGAAGUCACUGCAUCUAGUCUGGUUAAAAUCAAUAUUCAGGGAGAUGUGGUUGAUCGUGGAAGCACUAACUUGGGAGUAAACCAAGCUGGUUUUACGUUGCACUCAGCAAUUUAUGCAGCUCGACCUGAUGUCAAAUGCAUUGUCCAUAUCCACACACCUGCAGGAGCAGCGGUUUCUGCAAUGAAGUGUGGUCUCUUGCCAAUUUCACCUGAAGCACUUUCUCUAGGGGAAGUAGCUUAUCAUGACUACCAUGGUAUUUUAGUGGAUGAUGAAGAAAAGGUGGUUAUUCAGAAAAAUUUGGGGCCUAAAAGCAAGGUCCUUAUUCUCAGAAACCAUGGCUUAGUGUCAGUUGGAGAGACUGUUGAGGAGGCUUUCUACUAUAUUCAUAACCUAGUGCUUGCCUGUGAGAUACAAGUACGUACCCUGGCCAGUGCAGGUGGACCUGACAACUUAGUGCUUCUUGAUCCUGGGAAGUAUAAAGCCAAGUCCCGUUCCCCUGAGUCUCCAGCAGGUGAGGGUACUGUAUCCCAUCCCAAAUGGCAGAUUGGUGAACAGGAGUUCGAAGCUCUUAUGCGAAUGCUUGAUAAUCUGGGUUACAGAACUGGCUACCCAUAUCGAUGCCCUGCUCUGAGAGAGAAAUCUAAAAAGUACAGCGAUGUUGAGAUUCCGGCUAGUGUCACAGGUUACUCCUUUACUAGUGAUGGCGAAUCAGGCAUUUCCUCCCCCCUCAGACACAGUUUUCAGAAACAGCAGCGAGAGAAGACAAGGUGGCUGAACUCUGGCCGAGGGGAUGAUGCUUCUGAAGAAGGGCAGAAUGGCAGCAGUCCCAAGUCGAAGACUAAGGUGUGGACGAACAUUACACACGAUCACGUGAAACCCUUGCUGCAGUCUCUCUCGUCCGGUGUCUGCGUGCCAAGCUGUAUUACCAACUGCUUGUGGACUAAAGAGGAUGGACAUAGAACUGCCACCUCUGCUGUCCCUAAUCUGUUUGUUCCGUUGAACACCAAUCCAAAGGAGGUCCAAGAAAUGAGGAACAAGAUCCGAGAGCAAAAUUUGCAAGAUAUUAAAACGGCAGGCCCUCAGUCACAGGUUCUUUCUGGGGUGGUUGUGGACAGGAGCCUUGUUCAGGAUGCUCCCCUCUCAGACUGUACGGAAUCUAUUGAAGGGCUCGAUCUCACAGAGCAGGCCUUUAGUCCUGCUAAAUCUCUGUCUGUUAGAAAGGGAGAACUGGUGACUGCAUCAAAGGCAAUAAUUGAGAAAGAAUAUCAACCAAAAGUCAUAGUGAGCACAACAGGACCAAAUCCCUUCAAUAAACUCACUGAUCGAGAACUGGAAGAAUAUCGCAAAGAAGUAGAAAGAAAGCAGAAGGGACCAGAAGAGGCCUCAGAAGACGGCAGGCCACAGAAAGAGAAAAGCCCCCCUGAUCCCAGUUCAGCUCGCACUCCUCCCAGUACACCCAUUAAAAUAGAGGAAGAGACACGGCAGGACCAGACCUACAGAGAUGACAGUGAUGCUGCAACCUUCAAGCAAACCCUCCCAGAUCUCACCCCCGAUGAGCCUUCGGAAGCACUCGGCUUCCCUCCCUUAGGAAAGGAGGAAGGGAGAUGUGAUCAUGAUGUGCCCAAAAGCCAAACGGAACCACCUGCAGUGGAAAAUAAGGAACCCCAGUCCCAACCCACUGAAGAGCCAGCAACACCAACAGCUGAGGAGGGGACAGCAGCUGAUGCAGGUAGUGAUGAAUCUCCAGGGAAGUCCCCAUCGAAAAAGAAAAAGAAGUUUCGCACUCCUUCCUUCCUGAAGAAGAGCAAAAAGAAGAGUGACUCCUAAAGGCCAACCCACUGCAGAAACACUGUCAUAUUUUAAAAUCCAUUAACCACUAGAAUGUACCAGAUCGUACUGAGUGUUUUGUCUUACUAUGUAAAUGAAUGCCACAAUUAAUCCAACCAGCCCCUCAAGUUAUGGCUUGAUUGUUUAGGGUU